GCACGCUGGUUAGUACUGCUAAUGGCGAAUAUAAUAAGGAUAAAGCUAUUUCUGACUCUGAUUAUUUAUUCAAUUUAACGAGUGCUCCUUGGAGGGAUCUUCUAGAAAAGAUAAAAGAAAGUCCUGAAAAUUGUAACUGGACCAGAAUUGUCAAAUGCAUAAAAUCCCAAAUCAGGGACUUAAAGUCUCAACUAUUAUUUAAGAAUGUGCGCAUUGGAGUUGUUAUGAACGUCAUUCUUGCUUAUUCUGUCACUACAUUACCAUUUUCAAUGGGACUUGUGAGUGCUGUUAUACGUCAACGUGAAUUUACCAAUAAAAUGGUCAAUAAUAGCUGGAUUAAUAACUCUGCUGUUCAAGCUCAAGCAACUAUUCGAUAUCAUAAAUUUCUUCUUUUACAAAAGAAUGCUAAUAGAUGCUUU